UGCAGUAUGUAGGGGAACGAAUGUGCAGUAUGUAGUGGUUUGGUUCGGUUUGGGACGCAGCAGGUCAGUCAUAUUUCCCGCGGUCCGUUUGGCAGCCCACGUGGUCAACACGUCACCACGACGAGAUCAGCAUCUUGGACAGCGGCGCCUGUCAAGAAAAAAAGAGAGAAAGGAAGGAAGGAAAAAAACGACGGAAAACGGCGGAAUUUCCCUCGUUUGGAUUAGAAGAGGAGGAGAAGGGUGACGAUGAGCGUGAAGGGGUAGAGAUGAGCGGCUGUAAACGCGCCCUCGAACAGCGCGGCUUCGGUCGGUGAGACGUCCAUUUCGACGAAGGAAGGCGAGAGAGAGAGAGAGAGAGAGAGACGCGGUAUUAUUAUUAUCAGCGCUGUUAUUAGUGCAGUCAUUACAGCUCGUCUCUGCUUUUCACAUCUGACCAGCCUGUGUGUGUGUGUGUGUGUGCGCGUGCGUGUGCGCGCGCUCUCCACUCUCUCUCUCUCUCUCUGAUGAUCUGUUUUUUAUUCUGAUGUCUGCGGGCUCCAUCUUUCUUUGAACGUUGCGGGGAUCGCUCGGGGACGGUGAUGGACACCAUCAUCAUCAUCAUCAUCGCGGAGAGGAGCUGCCGGGAUGUUUUUCUCUCUCGUGAGCUCCGUCCACUAGCCUGCUCUCGCGCUGUGUGAAAUGCCAGCUGGGCGCGCGCUGAGCUCGGUGGCUAUCGGGGCUAUCGGACGGGCCUGUGCGUGCGGGAGCCCGGGAGAGGAGGAGGAGGAGAGAAACUCGGCGUGAGAGGAAGAACAGAGGAGGAGAGGAGAGGCGAGAGGGGGAGAGAGGGACUGCGAUGCUGAACAAUGAGAGCGGAGUGUGCGCGGCUGGGAUCGAGCCUCAGCCAUGGCGCUGGGGGGAUGCUGCUCUGAGGCGUCCUGCGCGCGCGGGCUCGCGGAGAGCUGGGGGUGCUUUUGAUCUCCCCUUCUAGGCUAAAAACAGAAAGACAGAAACCCGGGGCGAUGCACGCGCCGACGCCUGUUUACAGCGCGAGCACCUAACAGGAGAAAAAGAAAACGCUGCUGCUGCUGGACGGACUAAAGAGGGGGGGGGGUUUAAAAGAGGAGGCCGAAUCGGGGGAGGGGGGGGGGUCGCUCAUCCGCACUAACGCGCGCACAUACCGUCAGACAGAUAGAGCAGAGAGCAUUUACUGAAACCUGAGUGAGAUCAAGGCUCUGAGUGAGAUGUAGGCUGACUGCUAGAAUUAAAUAGGCUAGCAAGAAGGGAGACAACUCAACACUAUCACCACUAAUAACAACAAUAAUAACAAUAAUAACCCAAAAAUAAUACUGAUAUCAGGCCUGGAGAGGAGCACCACCAACAACAACACCACUAACAGGACAGCAGACAAUAAUAUUAAUAAUACUAGAAAUAACAGGCCUAAGAAAAUAAGCCAUCAACGUUUAUUACAGCAAACACGGAGACAUCACUGAUAUACAGCAAUAUUAAUGAUAGUACAACAAUAAUCAACAACAACGACAAUAGCAGGUGUGUUAUCAAUAACAGGACAACAACAGUAAUAAACAGCAGCAGCGGUCCGGUCCUUCGCUCCGCUCCUUCCUCGGUUCCCCUCCGCCCCCGCAUGUAGAGAACCAUGUUUAAGAACCGGCUCCGCAUGUUCUUCGAUGAACUCAAGGUGCUGCUGUUCAUGCGAUCCGGUUCCCGCCAGGCCGAGGCGCGCGCGCAGCCCAUGAGGGGCGGCGUGGGGGUGGGUGUGGUAGGGGGGGGCUGCGGGUGUCCCGCCUUCAUCCGCUGCGCCGCGCGGGACCACCACGACGACGCGGAGGAGUACUACGGCAGCGAGCCGCGGCCCAGGAGCCUCGCCUUCGAGGAGAAAGAGGCGCGGCUGCCCGCGGGUCCGGACGCGGUGUCCCUCAGCAGCAGCACGGCCAGCGGAGCGCGCACGCCCCAGUGCAGGAUCUGCUUCCAGGGGCCCGAGCAGGGGGAGCUGUUGAGCCCAUGCCGCUGUGACGGCUCAGUGCGCUGCACUCAUCAGCCUUGUCUGAUUCGCUGGAUCAGCGAGAGAGGCUCUUGGAGCUGUGAACUCUGCUACUUUAAAUACCAAGUGCUGGCUAUCAGCACCAAAAACCCACUGCAGUGGCAGGCCAUCUCUCUGACUGUAAUCGAGAAGGUCCAGAUUGCGGCCAUCAUCCUGGGCUCACUCUUCCUCAUCGCCAGUAUCUCCUGGCUUGUGUGGUCCUCUCUCAGCCCCUCGGCCAAAUGGCAGCGGCAGGACUUGCUCUUCCAAAUCUGCUACGGCAUGUACGGCUUCAUGGACAUCGUCUGCAUAGGCCUUAUUAUCCACGAGGGCUCGUCAGUGUACAGGAUCUUCAAACGCUGGCAGGCCGUCAACCAACAGUGGAAAGUAUUGAACUAUGAAAAGGCCAAGGACCUGGGGGACCCCAUUAGCUCCAGCAGUAAGGCUGGGGCCCGCGGUUCCCGCGGCAACACGCACGGUUUGGCCAGCGGCAGCAGCAGGGGGGGUGGCCAGCGGGUGCGGAGGCUCAGGACUAUCCUCAACCACCACUGCGGCUACACCAUCCUGCACAUUCUGAGCCAGAUCCGGCCCAGCGAUGGACGCCUGGGCACGGCCACCAACCGCGAAGUGGUCAUGCGGGUCACCACCGUAUGAGGCCAGACCCAAGCGGGAUUGCAGAGACAAACUAGCCGCUUUGAGCUUUGAGGGAUAGCCUGGGAGGGCCCAACAGAAGCGAAAGACUUCCCAUUAAUUCUCGCUUUUGUUUCCUGACAAGCCACCCCUUGAAAUGACUGAGGAGAAUCUGAACACGCUAAAAUGCAUAAACACUGGAACUACAUGGUUCUUGGGAAAAAGGAACCGCAAAGAGAACUCCUUUCUUGCGAUCUAGCACAUGCGUUUUUAUUUCGUUCCCUCUCCGGUGUUGUUUUCUACCAGUAUGGUUUUUACUAUGUUUCAUUUUCUAAGGGAGUGUGGUUUAACGAACUGCUAUACUGAGUAUGUUGACUUUAAAAAACAAAAACAAAAAACAAACAAACGAAAAAAAAACAAACAAACAAAAAGGACCGUCGUCGUGGUGAUGUUUACGGAAGAAAAACCAAUGGUAACCAAACAGUUAACAAAGGCACACCAACCAGGGAAUAAAAGAAUUCUUUACAGUAUACCGAUGAAUACAUUUAACGAAAAUAAUAAUGAAAAUAUAACGAAGGGUAGGGUGCAAUAAGAUUAAAAAAGGGGUUAUACAGAGAGUUAAGUACAUUAAUAUUUAAAGGAAUCUGAUCUUCUCCGCAAUAAAGAUACCUGUACAUUUUACAGUGAACUUUGCAUGAGGGUAAAGUUUUAUGCCUCCUCGACACGUGGACAUGAUGAAUCUGUUUUAUUCAGAAUGGUGCUUGUUUUAAUAAACACUACUAUUCAUCA